AUGCCACCAAGUGCCUCGCUGGUGCAAAAAAGACUAUCCCAGAGGCUAAAAAUCACAACACAAAUCACCUCGCGGAACUUAUCUCAAAAUGCCAAGCCUGUGUCAAGCUCACUAUCUCCUCGAACUGGUCGGCCACGCACCGAGGUUGCACUUCCCAGUCAAGAGAAAAACAGCACUGCGCUUCAAUAUGCCUUGACUACAGUUGAUAGCGUUGCGAACUGGGCUCGACAAGGCUCCCUCUGGCCGAUGAGCUUCGGCCUAGCCUGCUGCGCCCUCGAAAUGAUGCACUGCUCCAUGCCCCGUUAUGACCAAGACCGUCUGGGUAUUAUCUUCCGUGCUUCGCCCCGUCAAUCGGACGUCAUGAUCGUGGCAGGCACUGUCACAAAUAAGAUGGGACCGGCACUACGUCAAGUGUAUGACCAGAUGCCCGAGCCACGUUGGGUUAUUAGCAUGGGUAGUUGUGCGAAUGGUGGAGGCUACUAUCAUUACAGCUACAGUGUUGUCAGAGGCGUUGAUAGGAUUGUCCCUGUUGAUAUUUAUGUUCCAGGCUGCCCUCCGACUUCCGAGGCCCUUCUUUAUGGAAUUUUUCAAUUGCAAAAGAAGAUGAGAAAGACAAAGGUAACCCGGAUGUGGUACAGGAGAUGA